GUGUCAAAGAAGUAAAUACGGAGAAAAGUGAACUGUGAGCAGAGCAAUAAAAUAAAAUUACUAGUAAGUAAUAAUUUUGUUACAACUGCGAAUAUAACAUUACUUAACUCGCAACUUAUUAAAGAUGUUACUAGGCGCAUAAAUAUACAUCUGUUUUUAUUUGCAUCGGUUUUCAAAGUUAAGUUGUAGAAAGUUUUUAAGUCAGUGAACAAAGAAUCUACAAGAUGUCUGGAAGUGAUGAUACCAGUGACUUUAAUUCUAUGUCUCCGUCUUCGCAAGCGAGCCCUCCUUACAACUCACCCUCACAACAAGUGCCCCAACUGGCCAACUACAUAGCGGGACUAUCAUGUGCAGAAAAUAUGCGACGAGAAGGUCCCCAUUUAGUAAUUUUAGAGGAACCAAUGAACCAUUUCAGGUUCAGGUACAAAAGUGAGAUGAUAGGUACACAUGGGUGUUUGCUGGGGUCCUCUUAUGCAACUUCCAGAUCAAAAACACAUCCUACUGUUGAGCUCCAAAACUACAAGGGAAAAGCAGAGAUUUGUUGCACAUUAGUUCGCCAUGACAAUGAUAAAGAACAUCCACACAAAUUGCAAGAUGACCACGACAGAGAUGUUAGCAGUAUUGUGCCAGACCAAGGGAGCUAUAAAGUAGCGUUCAGUGGCAUGGGUAUUAUACACACAGCAAAAAAAGAUGUUCCUGCUGUGUUGUUUAAAAAGAAAAUGAAGGAACCAGAGUGUCAAGGAAUGAGAGAAGAAAUGCUGCGAAUGAUGUGCGUGGAUGAAGCACGGGAGAUCAAUUUGAACAUUGUUCGUUUAAAGUUUGCAGCCUACGACUUAGCAGCAAGAAUGCCAAUCUGUCCCCCAGUGUUCUCUCAACCGAUAUCAAAUUUAAAAAGUGCUGCGACCAAUGACCUGAGAAUUUGUCGCAUGUCGCGCACGUACGGCCGAGUGGAUGGCGGCGACGACGUUUACUUACUCGUUGAAAAAGUCAAGAAAACAAACAUAAUGGUGCGUCUUUUUGAAUUGGACGAGAAUGGAUAUCGAGUGUGGACGGAGAAGGGAAAGUUUCUACAGACCGACGUCCACCAUCAAUACGCCAUUGUAUUCACUACCCCAGCGUACAAGGACAGAAAAAUAAGUUCAGAUGUAGAUGUAUUCGUGGAGCUGUUCAGACCGAGCGACGGACGGACGAGCGAGCCCAGACAGUUCACAUAUAAAGCACACCCGCUGUAUAAACAGAGCAAGAAACGGAAAGCCAACUCGUAUUCUUCCCUGGAAAGUAACAAUUCUAUAAAGAGCUUGAGUGACAUACCUGCUACUGUUUCUGGCUUGAAUAUUGUUAAUGAUCCUGAUAAAGCUGAUAUCGAGGCAACACAGCCAUAUUUCACAAUAAAGAUACCAGCUCCGGAAGCGUCUCCCGCUAACGAGAAUUUGAUUGGCGACGCCAUGUUGUAUGAGCUGGCACCGGAGUCGACGGUGCAGCAGCCCUUUUCGUCCAUGCUGGCGCCACCCAAAAUGUCCGAGACGCCCGCCUUCGUGGAUGAGUUCAACUCGUCCGAAAUCGCCAGGCUGCUUGAACCCAACCCCAACAUCACGCCGGAGGAGAAGAAAAUGCUGAUGGACGUCGAUUUAGUUGAAUACAUCAGCAGUUUUCCAAGUGACUUUACAGAUGGCAUGAAAUAUAUAAAAUGUGCUCUCGUAGGAGAUUCGGGGCGAGGCAAGCCAAAAAUACAACCUGAACCGACAUCAAGCGGUGAAUCGAAAGAAAAUACUGUCAAUGUCAAACUAAACGAUAUACCAGAAUAUACAGCUGUUUAUACUUCUGAUGAUGGGAAAGAGGUUAAGAAGAUUGUUAAGGAAAUCUGUGAGAUAAUAAGGAACAAAGUCGGUAAAAAGCAAGAAGUAGCUGCUAAAUUGGACCGGCUGUUUGAAAUGAGAUUAUCGAAUGGUGACACGUUCCUACACAUGUCGCUAUGCAGCAACCAGCCUAGCCUGGUGUACAUAGUUAAGCUGGUCCACAGCGUGAGGAUGCCGCGGCUGCUCAACCUCAAGAACCACGACGGUCAGACCCUACUUCAUCUGGCUGUCAUGUAUGACAGUAAACUGGUGCCCUUCUUGGUGUCCAAGGGUUGUGAUCCCAUGUUACGAGACAGCAAGGGGAACAACGCGAUACACUAUGCAGUGCGGUAUCAAACCUGCCUCGAACCGCUAGUUCAAGCCAUCAACACCAAUAAUGUGCACUGUGACUUAAAUACACUGAAUAACGAUGAGCGCAGUGCCCUUCACCUAGCGGCGCAGUACGGUAACGCGUCGCACGUGCGUACGCUACUGCGUGCGGGCGCGGCGCCGAACUUCCACGCCGCUGCGCGCCGCACUCCGCUGCACCUUGCCGCGCUUGCCGCCAGCCUGCCUGUGGUGCAAGCGCUGCUGGACACAGACGGAGUGGACAUAGACGCGAAGGACGAGAACGGAUACACGGCGCUGCUCAUGGCGUGCGACGCCGCCGAGAACGACGCCUCCGUUGAUAUCGUACAACUAUUGCUAGAGAAAAAGGCGGACCCCAUGAUUCGCAAUAACGAUAAUAAACCAGCAUGGACGUUGGCGCGAAACAAUCCGAAAACUAUGGCCGUGUUGAAAAAAUUUAUAACAGUACCAGACUUAGACGAUGACGACAUUAAAUCGGGACCCGAAGAUGAUUAUGAGUCGGCAGAUGAUGAUGAUGAAAUGUACUCUAACAAUAUCCCGGAGUUGAGGAUGUACCUCAACGAGUUGGCGCCAAUUCUUGACCAAAAUGGCGGGUGGCGGGAGCUGGCCGAGCGCGUAUCGCACGGAUCCCUACUGUCGUGGUACGACAUCACCAGUAGUCCCACUAUGACGCUGCUCAAUCACAUCAAGUCCAACGACGACGGCCCCACGAUCAGCUCUCGGUCUCUGGCGCUACUUCUAGAAGACAUAGGUCAGAAGGACGCAGCAGCAAUUGUGAGAAAGUAUGUCAGUUGAAAAAAAUAACCAUUCCAAGAUUACAGUGCCUUUUUCUCAUUGUAAUUUCAGACCAAAUAAAAACUUUUUGUUUGGUCUGAAAUUGUUAUAUCGACUGGUUAAAUGUUAUUAAAUGUAAGAGUGAAUGAACUUAUUUACCAAAAAGCCAUUACUUAUAACUUGACAUUCUUGUUUUGCAUUUUAUUCUAGGUGUUGUCUUAGAUUUUUUUAUGUAAGUACUAACAUAAUUAUUAUUAUAGUUUAACAUUUUAAGAGUAAAAGUAUCGCUGGGCCAUAUAUAUAAUGUAAUUUUAAGAUUUUUCGUAAGAAUUAUAU